GGCUUUGCUUUGCUGCUCCACGCUCUAGUCCAGUCUAGGGUUCUUGCCAAAACCCCCAACUCCCAACUCCACUCUUCAACUCUCUCUCUCUCUGUGAAGGAGAAGGAGGAGGAGGAGGAUGCAGAAUCCGGGGAAGCCGAUGAGCGCACUCCCAGAGCUGGAGAAGACGAAGAAGAAGAAGACGAUGAUGCCCUCCCCUCAGGAGCUCCUCUCCCACUACGAGUCUCAGGGUUUGGACUCCCACCAAGCCUCCCUCAAGGCCAUCGACCACCUCCAGAAGAUGCUCUUCCGCGUCGUCUCCUCCCGGGGCCCCAAGACGGAUAAGGUCCGGCCCGACGCCGCCCGUAAGAUGGACGCCCUGAAUGGUCGGCUCGCCGUGCUGGAGAUGAAGGUGGACUCCAAGCCCGGGUACGCGGAGGCCUUCGCCAUCGGGGUGGCUUCCGGGGCCGCCCUCAACGGGAUGGGGAGCCUCAUGCCCCACGUGCUCACCUCCCUCUCUCAGAUUUGGAGCUCUGUCGCCAGUCUUUACAAGAAUCCUCACCAUCCCUAAUGAAGCAAACUUCUGGCUUUCCACCAUUGCACGUCAAUCCAAUUCAAAGCCGGGCUAUUUUGU